AUAUGAUGAGAAUGGUAACACCGUUGGCAUUCCUGAGUUUGAGCCGCCCACUCCGAAGCGCUUGGUGUGGGACCUGAAUGACAAGGUGGCGCUAGAGGCAAUCGACGAGGCACAUCUGGCUGCUCAGAAGCUGUUGAAUGACGUAGAUUUACGAAUUCUCGUACACGAUGCCUACGGUAAGGGACUGAUGAAAACGUGUCGCCUCUCCCCGGACGCGUUCAUACAGAUGGCCUUGCAGUUGGCGUACUACCGAGAUGCCGGCAAGUUCUCCCUCACAUACGAAGCUUCGAUGACCAGACUGUUCCGUGAGGGGCGCACGGAAACGGUUCGUCCGUGCACAAUCGAAUCCGCUGCUUGGGUGAAGGCGAUGCUCGAUAGCACCGUUUCGGUCCAAGAACGAGUGCGUCUACUGAAUGCCGCCUGUGACCGGCACCAGCUCGGUUAUCAGGACGCGAUGUGCGGCAAAGGUAUCGAUCGGCAUCUGUUUUGCCUGUACGUCGUGUCCAAGUACCUGGAGAUCGACUCACCCUUCCUGCAGGAAGUGCUGAGUGAACCAUGGAGAUUAUCCACUAGUCAAACGCCGCACGGCCAAACGUCCAAGAUGGACCUGAAGAAGCAUCCGAACUGCAUUAGCGCCGGCGGCGGGUUCGGCCCUGUCGCUGAUGAUGGGUACGGUGUAUCGUACAUCGUGGCCGGCGAGGAUCUUAUCUUCUUCCACAUUUCGUCCAAACGGUCCUGCGGCACCACGACUUCGGAACGAUUUGCACAGGAAAUUUGUCGCGCAUUAUCGGACAUGAAACAUCUGUUCGAGGAAUACCGUAGCCUACAGAAGAAGAGCAUCACGAACGGCGCCAAAGCGGACAAGUAGCAAUCUUAAAUCAAGGCACACGUUAAAGUGGAAUACAAUCAUUCGUCUACCGACGGCCAACCAUGGUGCCGUUGCGUACAUCACAAAUCCUCACCCGGCAGUAUCCUUCAAUGUUCGUUAACGUCCUAGAAGAGCGCCGGGGGUCAAAAACAAACCUACACAACCAUUCAAUGUUCAAUCUGACACCUUCCCAUGCGGCACCGCACUGCAAAACAUUCUAUUUUAGGUUGGACUCGUUACUAUAUUUGUUGAUAGUUAUUUCAAAUUUUUGACUUAGUAUAACAUUCUUUCCUGGAAGCGUGCCUUUCAAUGGUGGAAACCGUGAAGGAGACAUAAGAUGGCGAAUGAAGUACACUAGUUUAAAUGUUAUUCUUGUGUUUGAUUCUAUUGUAGCCAAGGCAAAUCCCUGUGUCAAAAUUGGCCUGCUGUUAUGCUGUUGCAGUCUAAAUUUACAAGGAAUUGAAUGGAUAAAUGUGUGACAACCAAUCAGAAAAAACUAAACAUGGAUCAACGCAAUCAUCAAUGCAAUGCAAUAAGAGGCAAUUUUAUGAUGUGUGUAGAAAUUGUUUCCCGCUUUGAUUUUGUUUUUUUAUAUAGAGUUUACGAUUAGUUUGUUGUAGAUAAAUAGAAAACAGGAGCAUUAUACGAAAUAGGAUAGUAGAUUUUAGGGAAAAACACAAGUAUAUUUGAGAGAGUUACAACAAAUGAUGGAUGGUGGAACUAUGCGUGCGAAGUAGAGGACAGAAGCUAUCCACUUUUUUAACUCUUGUACAUCUGUGUAAAAAGCCAAUUUUUGGAAAUAAACCUAAUACC